GCCGUAUCGGAGCAGGGGUCCAGGGGCAGGAACAACACACGUUCGCAGAAGCGACGGGGGGCAAGGGUCGCUACAUGACAGCCUGGACUCGACGCAUUCAACACUUUGCGGCCAGUAUUGUGCCAUGAUAUAAGGCAGCACUCAGUUUCCGCUCCGCCAGACUCGCAAGAUGUCGCGAGCCCUGCAGCAAUCGUCGAUCCGCUCGUUCUUCCAGCCGCGGCGACAGCCCGAGUACGCUGCCCCUCCAUCAAGUGCCCCGCCGCCGCCGAGCUCGAGCACUUCGAGCAACUCGGGCCCGGGCAUCAGCAACGGCCCGCCGCCAGCGCCGCCACCCCCGCCGCCAGCCGAGCCUCCCAAGCUGCCCGUAGCGGCGAAGCCCGUCACGAUCCCCAUAACCUUGCCGCCGAACGGGCUGCCGGUGCUGCCGUCGCCGCCGUCGCUCCCCCGCGGCGCCACCAUUGAGCCCCUGACCGAGCACCACAUCCCCGCACUGCGACGCAUCAACUCGCUCCUGCUGCCCGUCCCCUACCCCGACUCCUUCUACGCCAAGGCGCUCGACCCCUUCGCCUCGGGUCUCUUUUCGCGCGCCAUUCUCUGGCAAGACUCGGACGCCGACACGCCCAAGGUCAUCGGCGGCCUGAUCUGCCGCCUCGAGCCGAACCCUUUCGUCGACACCCAGGGCCGGCCCUUGCCGCAGCCGCCUCAACCGACUCAUCCCCAGAAACCGGCCGACGUACCACUCAACACGCCCUACCACGCAAUCUACAUCCAGUCCCUGGCGCUGCUCUCGCCCUACCGCUCCCUGGGGCUUGCAGCUGCCGCCCUUGAGCACAUCAUCGCGAGCGCAGCGCUCCUCCCGGCCGCCGGCUCAAACAUAGACGCUCGGACCGUUUACGCCCACGUCUGGACAGAAAACGAGGAAGGCCUACGAUGGUACCGAGCCCGCGGCUUCGCGUGUGCCGCAGAGCCAGUGAAGGGCUACUACUUUAAACUCCGGCCCGACAGCGCGUGGGUCGUCACGCGACACAUCGGCCCUAGCUCAGUGCUCGCGUCGCUCCCCCAGGCCGCGGUCUCCGCGGGGCCGACGGCCUCAGCGCCGCCGUCAACAACCGAGACACGGCCGGCUAGCGUUCUGACCGCAGCUCUCAACCUCCCACCCCUUUCCGCCCCUUCUGCCUUAUCACAACCACCAGCACCACCACCAGCAUCAUCAUCAACCCCACCAUCCACCCUUCCCCAACCGCGCAGCAACCCACCCACAGCAACCGCCUCGCCCUCACCCUCCCCAGCACCACCUUCCGCCAAGCCACCCUCAGCCUCCUCAUCCACCCUCUCCUUCCAAAACACCCGCCCUGAAACAGAGUGGAACGACCUGCCCCCCGACAUGGUCGUCGGCAGCGGCGGAAGCGCAGGGAGGGCCAACGGCAACCGGAGCCUGACCCCCAACAACAACAACAACCAUCGCGGGGCCAACGGGAGCGCCGGCCCAAGCUCGGGGGCUAGCUCGCGGAGCAGCUCAUCCGCGCGGAAGCGGAGGGAGCGGGCGUACCCUGCCGCGGCGUUCGGCGGGUCGUGAGGGACGUCUUCCGGGGGGAUGUAUGGAUGGCCUGGUCGGUGGGGUUUGGGGAAUGAGGGAGGAUGGAGGUGAAGAGUACGGUGAUGAUUCUGUGACUGGGUUAGGGUAACUAAUGACGAGGUGUUGAGCAUUGGUCGCGAGGCAGCUGGAUACAGCACAGAACGUGGACGGAGCUUAU